AUGUUGACAACGUCGACCCUUUUCUCAAUUCUCUUUUUGAUAAGCAUCACAUCCCGUGUCGGCUCUGCUACCAUACCUUCCGAGCCCUUGACGGAGAAAGAAAAACACAAGAUCGUCGCCAGUGAUGCAAUAACUAUAUGCCUUCACGAAGUGAAUGAUAUAAGCAAAUACAUCAACGCGAUUCCUAAGCUUAAAAGCAUCCAACUUACACAGAAUCAGAAACUUCUUCCGUGCGUCCAGGGCCUGAAUUUCGACUUAUCCGAGGUUCAAUCGGCACUCUACAGUUUGAAGCAUUUGAAAGAGCCGUACAUGCUAUCAUAUGAGCAUUCCUUGAAGCAUAUGACCUCUCACGCUAUCAGCUUGUGGAAGACGUGCAGUUCUUCGCUUAAAAACGAGGAUAAGGUUGUCGUUUCGUUGCUGACUAGAAAACUUGAUGAUCUUUCUUACCUUAUUAACAAUGUUGUUUAUCAUAUUUCUGAAUUCCUAGGAGACUCAGAAACUCCAGGAAGCCAUUGA